AUGUGGAAAUCUACAACCUCAUUAGCAUUUUCGUCCAGAACUGCGACUUUUGCAACCAAAGCUUCCAAUAGUGCUGCUACAAUUGGCCUGGCCAGAUACAGCACCGUAAGAACAUUUAAGAACUCAAUUACCAGAAACUCAAUUGCUAAAUCCCUUGCAAUUUCUCCCAGAUCUUCAAGACUUUUCUCCUCAAUGGCUGAUUUACCUAAAACCCAGUACGGCUGGAAGUAUGACAAAUCAAUCAAUAACCUCAAGUUGGUGGAGGACUUGAAGGUGCCCACACCCUCUGCUACCCAGGUGGUGGUGAAGAUUGAGGCUGCAGGACUUUGUCACUCCGACCUCCAUGUUUUGGAGGGCCUUGAUGUUGGUGACGACUAUGUGAUGGGCCACGAGAUCUUUGGUCAUAUUGUUCUGACUGGAGACGAUGUGACGAACUACUCCGUAGGUGACCGUGUGGCUGCGUUCGGCCCAGGUGCUUGUGGAGAGUGUGAAUUGUGUAGAACUGGACACGACAACGACUGUACCAACACUUCCGGAAAGUGGUUUGGUUUGGGAUUCGAUGGAGGCUACCAGCAGUACUUGUUGGUGAAAAACCCACGUAACUUGGUCAAAGUUCCAGACUCGGUCUCAGACGUUGCUGCUGCUGCCGUGAUCACUGACGCCAUGUUGACCCCAUACCAUGCUAUCAAAUUGGCUGGUUUGGACCCAUCCAAGAAGGUGCUCUUCAUUGGUGCUGGAGGAUUAGGUUCCACUGCUGUGCAGAUUGGAAAAUUGUUUGGUGCUCACAUCACCGUUCUUGAGCGGAAGGAAUCCGCCAGAGAGCUUGUAAAGCUGUUUGGUGCCGAUGAGGUGUACGAGAGUCUUCCUGAAGACACUCCUCUUGGAACAUUUGAUGCGUGCUUGGACUUUGUCUCUUUACAACAGACAUUUGAGAUUUGCCAGAAAUACAUCAAGUCUCAUGGUAUCAUCAUUCCAGUUGGAUUGGGAGCUCCAGCACUUUCUUUCAACUUGGCCGAUUUGGCAUUGCGUGAAAUUAAAAUUAUUGGCUCUUUCUGGGGUACAAGCAACGAAUUGGCUGAAUGUUAUAGGAUUGCAGGAAAGGGCUUGAUCCACCCCAAAACCACCAAGGUGUCCUUAAAAGAGCUCCCUGCUGCUUUUGAGAAAUUGAAGAAGGGAGAGGUCAGUGGAAGACUUGUUCUUAUUCCAUAG